AUGUUUGCUUUGUAUCUAACAGCCGACUUGCAAGGGGUCACCAACUUGCGCCCAGACGAUACUCAAGAUAACCCUUUUUGGUACAUGUUCAAGGUUCAGUGUACUUCUUGCCGAGAGACACAUUCGAACUAUGUUGGGGUCAACCGUUUUGAGACCAACGAUAUGAGUGGAAGCCGAGGCGAGGCCAACUUCGUCUGGAAAUGCAAGAACUGCAAGCGAGAGUCAUCGGCGUCUAUCAAGUCUGGACCUGCGGCUUAUGAACAGACGGAGCCAGCCAAGCCUCAGAAGAUCCUCGAGUUUGACUGCAGAGGUCUCGAAUUCGUCGAGUUCAAGGCAGAGGGCGAAUGGCUCGCUGAGGGUGCUGAGACAGGGACCAAGUUUAAGGCUAUCGAGUUGGAGGAAGGCGAGUGGUUCGAGUACGAUGAGAAGUCCAACGAGGAAGUGAGCAUCAACGAUGUCAAGUGGGAAGUUCGUCGCUCUUAA